AUGCCAGCCAAACAAUAUCCUUCAACUGGAUCUUCGUUAUACCCGCCGUUAUUUUGGAUACACAAAGCCAAUGACCAAAGACCCAAACUUUCUCUCGAACAGCUCCCAGCCGAACUCCAGACACAUAUAUUCGUUCUUGCCCAGAAUCCAGAGCUUGCAACAGUAUGCACCAGCUUCUGGGAAUUAUCGUUUUCUCCUCUAGUAAGAGCCCAAUAUCUCCUUCUACGAUUUGGUAAAGAUGCCGCACUUGGCGAAAGAGCAAUGAGCUACAGGAUUGCGAAUCUCAAAGUCAUCGACAACCUUUUGAAAUUGGGCUGCAAUCCACGAGCAGACGGCGAUUGGCUGUACUGGAGAGCAUGUACAAAACACAAUGUACAUCUCUGCAGACUAAUCCUGGCUGCCGCACAACCCACCCCAAAGAUACUUGGACACUUUUUGAAUGUAGCAGCAAUGAAAGGCGCGAUAGAAAUUAUCGAUUUGCUGGUAGAGGAGUACGGUGCAGACGUCCACCAGCCAAAUAACGAAGAUCUUGUUCUUAUGCUCGCCUGUGCAGAAAACCAAGUCUCGGUCGUACGGCACCUGAUGAGAAGAUAUGGGUGUAAUGUCCAUGCAAACCGUGAACGACACCUAAGACGUGCCUGCCUUCAAGGACAUCUAGAGCUCGUGGAGUUGCUGCUCGACGGUGCAUACGUACACGCAUACAACGACGCCGCACUUCAGAAUGCAGCACACAAGGGUCAUUCUGCAAUUGUCAAACGGCUGUUGGAAGCUGGUGCAAAUCCACAGGCCAAUCAAAACGCACCUCUUCAAUAUACCAUAGCUGUGGAUGAUGAACUUUCUGUUCGAUAUUUACUUGAUGCAGGGGCCGAUCCGCAUUGUGAUCAGGAAUGGCCCAUUAGGCACGCCUGUCGACGAGGCGCUACAAAAAUAGUAGAGUGUUUGCUUGAUCAUGGUGUGGAUCCAGACGUGGCCAAGGGUAUGCCUCUGCGGGAAGCCCUUCGAUCCAGUAGUUAUCAGACAGCCCAGUUUUUAUUGAAUCGCAAGGUAGAUCCUAAUAGCACAGGAGCUAUCAGAGGAAUUUGUAAUGCUGUCCGGAGGAAUGAUCUUGAGCUUGUCAUGUUAAUGGCAAGGUAUGGUACUCGCCUUGAUCACCCAGAAAUACUCAUAUCUGCCCUCUCUCCAUGUCAGCCUACUAAAGGGAACAUCAGGAAUUUUGUCAAGGAGUGGUGUCAAGAACAAGAAGAGAAUAUUCUCUAA